GUCUGACGUCAGGCCGCCGUCGACGGCGUACAAAACAUGGCUGCCCCCCUCGAGUCGAGACGUUUCUCUUAAUUUUAGAACUUUAUAUUAAUUUCUGGACGAUGAUGUGUAACAAGGAUGACAAAAUAGAGAAAAUGGUGCCAUCUACUGAGGAAGAAGAGAAGGAGAAGGAAAACACAGUGGAAGGGAGAAAAGAAGAAGAGGGAGAAGGAAAAGAGGUAGAAGGAAAAGAUGACAAAGGUGACAGUAAUGGAGAUGAGGAAGAGGAAAGUAGCGGUGAUAAAGAAGUGGGAGAAAAAGUAGCACCACAAGCCACACAUAAAAAGAAUCCAUCACCAGUUAAAUCUGAAAAGAAAAAGUCAUCUGAUGUCCUGAACCUCAACAACGAGGUGGUGAAGAUGAGGAAGGAGGUGAAGAGGGUGAGGGUUUUGAUCAUCAGGAAAAUGAUACGUCAGAUUGCUGCGCUGAAGAAGCAAAAGGGGAAGGAGACGGAAAUUGAAAGAAAUCAAAGGAGAGCGGCAAGGUUGCUGGAGGAGGUCCACACCAUGAAGAACCUUUUACCAGACCUGGUGACCAAGACAGCCUUGCAGAAGAAUCUCAACUUUGAGGAGGUGUGCAAAAACCCCAAGUCUACUAUUUCUGACCGAGCUAUUGCACGCAUCGCCAGCCACCCUCAGUUCAACAAGAAGAUUGAGGACAUCAAAGCUGCUGUGAAAGCCUUCAAGGAGGAGCGGAUGAAGGGUGGGAAGCAGGGAAGAAAGGAAAAGGUGCAAAAUCAACCGCCACCUGUUGCCAAAGCUGAAAAAGAAAUAGAGAAAAAACAGGACUCAGCUGGUCCUGCUGAUGUUCAAAUUCAAAAGAGGCCAGAAUUUAAGAGUGCAAGACCGGAGGCCGUAAAAAGUAGCAAUGUAAAGGAUAUUGUGAAAAAUAAACCUCAAAGUAAAGCUGCAGAAAAGAAACCCAACAUUAAGCCUGUCCCUGCGGUGCUCCAGAAACGAGCGGACGAUGAAGAGAGUGACUUUGAGUCGUCAGAUGAUGAAGAGAAGGAGUACUUUGAUGACAGCACAGAGGAACGUUUCCAAAAGCAGUCCUCCCAGUCAGAGGAGAGCGACGAUGAUGACGACUUCUUUGUAGGGAAAGUGAGUAAGUUUAAGAAGAAGAAGGAAAAACAGAAAAACAUAGAAGGAGAGGAGAAAAUAGACGAGAGAUCUGAAGUGAUAAAGGACUCAAUAGACAACGUAAAAUCUAAGGACAAGCUCCAGAGUGAACUUGAUGAGCUUGAGUCGAGGUUGAAGUCUAAAGCCCCCGGCCUACAGUCUGUCUUCUGUUCUUCCCUGGCCGGGGCUAAGGCUGGUAGGGGUGGAGGCACUGGCAGAGGGAGAGGUGGGGACAGAUUUAGGGGCCAAGGGAAACCAAAAGGUGGCAGUGGUUUGAAUAGAGAUUUUAGUAAGCAAUCCAAGUUCCAAAAGCAUGUGAAAGGUACAGAAAAUAAUUCAGGGUCCAAGUAUAGCAAGCCUUGUCCUGAAGAUGAUGAGGUUAGGGGCUUUGCUUCUGCUGGCAGAGGGAGGGGGCGAGGCAGAGGUGAUGCUUUCAGGCAGAAGAGUCACAGAGGUGGAGGAGUCGUUGGUCAGCAGCCACCACAGCAGGCACUGCAUCCGUCCUGGGAGGCCAGUAAGAAAAGGAAAGAACAGCAAGGACAAAUCUUGGCCUUCCAGGGGAAGAAGAUCAAGUUUGAUGACGAUGAUUGAAAUUAUUUUUUGUUUACCCAUUACAUACCUUUUGAUCGAGGGUCUUAUGUUUUUUGUUUGGAUAAUUUAUGUCAUCUUACACCAUAGUCACUCACCAGUGGUGAUCGCAGUAUAGUUCAGCCCAGGUUCUCACUAUAGGAGUUUCACAUAGAUUUAUGUAUGUUUCAGUCCUUCCAACAAUCAAGUACAUCUGCUUGGGGAUCUUUGUAAACUGAUGUUCAGUAGAUUAACUGGUAAUGUGAAGGAUUAUUGAUCCAAUCUGAAACCUCCCAAACUGCUUACAGACUCAUCAGAGCCGUCCUAAUAAUAUCCAACAUGUCUGACGUUUAGGAGUAAAAAUCUGGAUGGUUCCAAUUACGAUCACUACAUGAACUGUGAACCUCAAUACCAAGUAACAUGAAACAUUCUACUCCUUGAGGCUACCGUUGGCUACAGCUCAUAAAACUAUUAAAAUGUAACCCCCCUUGUUAAAAUUCGAAAAAACUGUGUUGACAGCGAUUUCAAACUCAUAUUCUUUUCCAGACUUGUUUGGCUUUGUGCUUUUGUGUUAAUUUUUUAAUAACUGCAAAAUAUUUUUAACUUUACAGCAACUUGUUGCUUGAUGUUGUGCUCAUCUGUUUCGGAAAGAAAUAUUGUGUUGUUAAACCUGUACUCAGCUUUUUCCUCCAUACAGCUGUGCUAGAUUGAAAUAACCCAUGUAUCUUUAUGAUUCCAAUGAUGGUAAAUGAUGUUUUGUUGCUUUGUAUUUCUUGUGAAAUUAUAUAAUGUCAUACAGACAUCAACUGCA